AUGAGGUCCCUCCUGGUGCUGGUGCUGCUGGCUGUUGUGUGUGCUUCUCUGGCCCGGGCCCUGCACUGCCAUGUGUGCUGUGGGCACGAGAACUGCGAGUCUCUCGUGGAGUGCGCCUUGACGGACAAGUACUGUGUGAUCACUCGGGCCACCAACCCUGGUGGCAUCCUGGUCAUGAAGUCCUGCGCCCCAACCUGCCCCAACAGCACCGUGUCUGCAGAUGGCCGUGCCCUCUCUGUCUCCUGCUGUCAGGGCAGCCAGUGCAACCGCAGUGCUGCCUCAGGUCUGACCAGCAGCCUUGGUGCUCUAUGGGCCAGCGCCUCUAUCAGCCUACUGGGGGCGCUGCUUCGAGCUGCCUGGUGA